AUGCAGUUGGACGGCGAGAAGUAUGCUAUCAAGUGGGAUAGUUGUGCCAGGUAUUCCGUAUCGGGAACAGACUGGAUGGAGCGUGGAGAGCGAGUGCGCGGGCCAGCCCCAGUGGACUACGUAGAAAGAUUGGGGGGGGGCUUCCUUCUCGAUGUAGUCGGAGUUUGGGCAUUGGAUAUGCGCAACGUGUAG